AUGCAAGCGGUACAAGAACCAUGUGCACCAGUCGAAGGUCCCGCUUCUACAAAAUAUAACCAAACAGAAUAUUGUCUGUCCACCGAGGAAACUGUUACCUCGAAUCUUCGAGAAGUACCUGAUUGCAAGAAUGCCAAAUCGACUGGCAUGGAGGCAUCGGUCAAGGUCCCUUCUUCAGGUUCAGGUACGCCGAGGCCGCGAAGGUCGGGUUUCGAGCCCACACUCGCAAACAUUGAGGAGGUUGAGGAAGAGGAGGGUAAAAUGGAGGAUGAGUCGGCGUUAGAGGGGACGGAAAACGGGGAGAAUAAAGACGAGAAGAGGGAGGAAGAGGAGGAGAAGAACGACGACGUUAAAGAGGAGGACAAUCAGGCGGAGGGUGUGCAUGCAUAUGAGUUAGAAAAAUGUCAACAAGUGGAGAAGGAAAUGUCAAAGAAGUUAUGGAAUAACGAAGUUGCGCACCAGUGCGUGGUCCAGACGGCACUCCGGAUUCAGAAUAAUGCGGGUGAGCCUGCAAAUAUCGAACCGGAAUGGGGAAGGGGAAUUGCAACUGAACACGUCUCGGUAAAGGCAGCAGUAGCUGUCCAGCCUCCAUGGUCUGCCUUCUCCCCCGCUUCCGCCUGCUUCACCAUGGUAGGCCCUGGACAGGGGCAUGGCAGAGAUGAGAACGAGGACUAA